AUGACUACCGUUACCACACCCAUCACCACCACGCUGUCGGCCGCGGAGCUUUUGGCGGAUGACCAGAAACUUUUCGAGUCGCUAGAUAUCGACAACACCGGGGAGAUCACGCUCAGCGAGUUCCGCAAAGCGCUCAAAACCAUCAAGCAUCCUUUGUGCAACAAGCCAGACCUCAUCGGACAGAUCUUCAAGUCUCUCGACACUAACCACGACAACAUCAUUGAUUUUGCGGACUUCAAAAAGUACUUGCAAACGACCGAGUCGCAGAUCCUCGCGGGCUUUGACAAGAUUGAUAAGGACAACGAUGGCCGCUUGAACAAGGCGGACUUUGUGGAAUACUUGAAGAAGACGUUGAAGAUCAAUGCAUCUGCGGCCAGUGUCGACCUGUUCUUCCGCUGCGUCGAUACGCAGAACAACGGGUACAUCACCUACGAGGAGUUCCGCGAGUUUCUCUUGCUCAUGCCACGGCUCAACGGCUCGCGCAUUGCGACCGCGUACCAGUUUUUGAUCGAGGACUUGGACGUGUCUUCCGAUGGUGACGUGACGUUGAUCAACGGCUUUCUCCGCGGCUUUGGCUUCUUCCUAGCAGGCGGUCUUGCCGGCGUGGUGUCGCGAACGUGCACCGCCCCAUUCGACCGUAUCAAGGUGUUUUUGAUUGCCCGCACGGAUCUCUCAUCGACGCUUUUGCACUCCAAGAAGGCAAUCUCGUCAACCGUCACGAAAGCCCAUGCGGGUGAGGUUGUGAGCCUGAAGAAGAUCCACUCGCCGUUGGUGAAGGCCGCGAAGCUGAUUUGGAAGCAAGGCGGCAUCCGCGGGUUCUACGUCGGAAACGGGUUGAACGUUGUGAAGGUGUUCCCUGAAUCAGCCAUGAAGUUUGGUUCCUUCGAAGCGGCGAAGCGUUUCUUUGCCAGGAUCGAGGGCGUCGAGGAUACCAGUCAGUUGUCGAAGCUCUCCACCUACAUGGCCGGUGGGUUCGGUGGGGUGGUCUCCCAGGCGGCUGUGUAUCCGAUUGACACGUUGAAGUACCGUGUCCAGUGCUCGCAGUUGGACUCUAACGUCAAGGGGAAUCGUCUCCUUAUCCAAAUUGCCAAAGAGAUGUACCGCGAGGGUGGAUUGCGCAUCUAUUACCGUGGUGUGAUGGCUGGUGUCGGUGGGAUCUUUCCGUACGCCGCCCUUGAUUUGGGAACCUUCAGCACUGUUAGACAGUGGUAUCUCGAGAAGGAGGCAAUUAAGCAGGAUUUGCCUAUCGAGGAGGUGAAAUUACCGAACCACGUGGUAUUGACCAUGGGGGCGUUGUCGGGGACAUUCGGUGCUACGAUGGUAUAUCCGAUCAACUUGAUCCGCACGCGGUUACAGGCCCAGGGCACAUACGCCCAUCCGUACACAUACGCGGGGUUCGGCGACGCCGUGAAACAGACGUUGAUGAGAGAGGGGUAUCCGGGGUUGUUCAAGGGGUUAGUGCCGAAUUUGGCAAAGGUGGCCCCAGCAGUGUCGAUCAGCUAUUUGAUGUAUGAGAACUUGAAGACCUUGUUUGGGUUGGAUACAAUGUAG